CCCGGCACCCACACUCCUCCGUCACCGUCGCCGUCUUCUCCCCGACAAAUUCCCCAAUUUCAAAACAAGAAAAGAAUCCAAAACGGCUUUAUCCGCAUUCUUUUGCUUUCCACUUUUAUUUCUUGGUUGAAUUUCUCGUUUAUUCUUCUUAAUCUCGACGAAUUUCAAGAUCCCAGACAUUUCAGAAAGGAAGGAGACGAGCGAAUUAACAAACACGGCGCCGGAAAUCAUGGCGGGGCCGUCGCCGAUGAUGAUGAUGGCGAUGAUGAUGAUGAUUAUGAUGGAAUCUGCAAAAUCCGAGGACACAAAUUCGGUGUUCGAUCCAUGUUUGGACACCAAGGUUCAGAAAAAGGACGGGUUCACAUUCGGAUUGGUCUUCUCCUCCCGGGAAAACUUCUUUUUCAACCAGACACAGCUUUCGCCCUGCGAUCGCCGGCUGUCACUCUCCGGCAAAUCCGCCCAGCUCGCCGUUUUCCGGCCGAAGGUCGACGAGAUCUCCCUGCUCACCAUCAACAGCACCAAGGCGGAUGGUCACAUGGUCGCCUUUGCCGGACGGCAAUACGCCGCUCGCUCCCUCCCCGUCCUCGUCUCCGACAAGAAUCACAUCAUCACCGGCCAUACCUUGGUUUUGGAAUUUCAGAAGGGCACUUUACAGAACCUGUACUGGAAGAAGUUCGGGUGUGAUUCCUGCAACAAUGGGGAUUCGUUUGUCUGCCUCAACAACACAGACUGCGCAAUCCCGGCGGAGAAAUGCGACGGAAAUGGGGGAACGGUGGACUGUAACCUGAGCAUACAGCUGGCGUUUUCCGGCACGGACAAGAACGAUGUCGUCUUCAACAGCUGGUACGAGGUGAAGAACCUCAGACAAUAUUCACUCUAUGGCCUUUACUCUGGUCUCAGGGACUCCAUCACAAAUCCCUUCAAGAACCUCUUCUAACCAUCAUCAUCAUUCAUGGCUAAUUAUUACAACAAUGAUGAUGAUGACACCAGAACAUGAAUAUCAUCAUAUUUCUAUACUGUAAACUUCAUAUACGGUGUACUUCACAAAAAAGGCUUAAUUUGUUA